AUGCUUCAAUUUAGCAUACCGUCCGACGCCGCGCUCGCUUGCCGGCCGUUGCGCAGCCUACACAGCACACCCGCCGCCGUCUCCAACCGUAACGACGGACGAGGAUGCGACGUGGCGAUCUUACAUCAAUCCCAGCCUCGCUCAUUUGCCACGUCAGCCACUCCAACCUCACUCCUACCUUCAAACCGUAGGCAUUCCCGUCGUCUCCUCCCAGCGCUUCCGUCCUCCGUCGUAGCCGUUCCGCUCCCAGUCUCAGGCUUGUCACCGUCAUCCAUACUUCGAGCUCCCACCGCCUCACUCACUGGCCUGUCCACGUCUGGCCGGAGUCUCUUUACCUCGGGAUUGCCUUCCUUGUCGAAAUCCCGCCGAGAUGAGCGGAAGCUGGGGAUCGCGCCAGGUGGGGAAGCGUGGCGGGUGCAUGCGCAGGGUAUAGUGGGGAAUGCGGGGACGAGUGUAGCGGAGGUGGUCGAGGCGGAGGCGGAGGCGGAGGGGAGAGAAGGGGUUGGCGGAGCUGGAGAGGAGAAGGCGGAGAAGCUUCAGUAUGUGCCACUGCACACGCAUAGUGACUUCAGCCUUCUAGACGGAGCCAGCCAGCUGAAGGGAUUGGUGGCACGGGCCAAGGAGCUUAACAUGCCUGGCAUUGCGCUCACUGACCAUGGUGUGAUGUAUGGCGCCCUCCAGCUGGUGCGCAUGUGCGAGGCGGAGGGCUUAAAGCCCGUGAUCGGCAACGAGAUGUACCUCGUGCAUGACGAGGGCGCUCCCGCCGCCCUGCUGCAGGCUGUGCGGGCACUCAGGGAGGAGAAGGAGCAGGGAGAACGGGGGGAACAGGGGGAGCAGGGGGAGCAGGGGGAUCAGGGGGUGAUGCGGGAGGAGAGCGGGACGGGAAGUGGGAUGGGAGCAGUGGAGGGGGAGGGGGGUGUGGGAGGUGGAGGACAGGUGGUGUUGGAAAGAGAAACGGAGGCUGGUGGUGCUGUUAAGGGGAGUGGUAAUGGAGAGGGGGAAGUGGGGCGAGUGGCUGUGGGGGAGGUGGCAGAAGGCCUGGCUGGGGAGGAACAGGCAGGAGAGGCGGAGGCAGUUGGGGCAGGCAAGGCGGUCAAAGCACCCCCAGUCAAAAGGUACCACCUGACUGUUCUAGCCAAGGACAUGGAGGGGUACCGCAACCUGGUGCAGCUCACGUCGCUCAUACGCCCGCAGGCAACGGGGCAAGAGGGCGUCCGUGCAUCACAAGGGCUGUUUGGCAGGGCUUUAGCUGAGUGGCCUCCUGUCUGCCCCGCACCACCUCCUCCCCCAUUCCGUUGCUGUUACAGGGAGCUGUUGGCACAUCACAGGAAGGGGCUCAUCGUGCUGAGUGGAUGCAUGUCAGGGGAGGUGCCUCGUGCCAUCAUGGCGGAUCGCAUGGACGAGGCUCGGAGCACAGUUGACUGGUGCCGCGUGCCAUCAUGGCGGAUCGCAGCACAGUUGACUGGUGAGCCCAUCCCUCGCAGCACAGUUGACUGGUGA